AUGGACAGGCUCAAUAUACCACCUCCGGUGGUGAAUUGGCUGUUCAAAAUAACUCAAUCUUACUACGACGCCAGAACGACCUUUAGGGAUGCGAUGUACACACUGAGUGAGUUUCGCAAUCUGAAGCCGAGAACUAAGGUCUACACGGACUCACAGGGGAAACCACAGCUGCUGUUGUGCUUAUAUGGGCGGUUCGGAAGCGAACACGUCUCUGUGCCUGUGUUGAUAUGGAUUCCAAGGGAGUAUCCAAUUCUGGCGCCCUACGUUUACGUAGACUUUGACUCGCUUCGAGACGAGGUUCUGGUCCCUGGAAGCACAGUAGACGCGAAUGGGCGCUUUCGAGUGCCUAUGAUGGACACUUGGAGCCCUGAAUCCUGGAAUUUACGGGAGCUGACCUUUUCGCUUGCUUCCUCGAUUAUGGAAGACCCACCUCUCGUGGUAGAAACAGCAUUUGAUCAGAGUCCGCCACUUCCAGAACGCAUUGGGAUGUUAGUGCAGCCUCCAUUGGCCUCACCGUUAAAGCCACCACCUGUGCGAGAAGUGGAACAAUUGACCCGCGACAUUGGAAGCGCGAAGCUCGAAGAUACGGCACCUGUGUUGCCUCCAAAGCCGCCAUCUGCUCUCAAAUCUGCCUCUCCAAUGUCCCAACCUACGCCACCUGCUCGCACACCACAAAGCGUUGAGCAGCAACCAAGUAUUAUGGACCUAGACGCUGUUGAUCAACGAAGUUCUACCUAUGACCACGCUCUGAGUAGUUUGUUUCAACUUAUCACAACUUUGGCGAAAGAAGAUGCACAAAACGUUACAGAAACGCUGCGGACCCGGAUGUUUGCGGCGCAAAAUGCCACAGCUCAGUUUCGAAACAUUUGCGACCAGGAAAGCUCGGCUUUGGAGCAGAGAGAACGUGCCGUUACCGAGAAACGCGACUCACUUGUUAGCGGUAUAAAGCUGAUUGACGCCCAACUAGACAAGGCCCAGCACUACGUUCAAAACUACGGACCCGAGUGUGACUUGUCGUCGAUGCAAACGCCCGACUCUGUGGGUGUGAGUCAACUACGAAACCUCGUGGCGCGAGACCAUGCUGUUUCCGAUACUAUCAACGCGCUGAGUAGGCUUUUUAACCAAAACGCGAUCACUUUGGAUGUGUUUUUACGGAAAGUGCGAGCAUUGGCGCGCGACCAGUUUCUGCUCCGUCUACACAUGAACAAGAUAGUCGAGGGUGUUCAGGAAAAGGGCAAGACUUGA